AUGACCGAGUUGGCUCUGCCCUGUGUCGUGAUGACCGGGUUGGCUCUGCCCUGUGUCGUGAUGACCGAGUUGGCUCUGCCCUGUGUCGUGAUGACCGGGUUGGCUCUGCCCUGUGUCGUGAUGACCGGGUUGGCUCUGCCCUGUGUCGUGAUGACCGGGUUGGCUCUGCCCUGUGUCGUGAUGACCGGGUUGGCUCUACCCUGUGUCGCUCUACCCCGUGUCGUGAUGACCAGGCUGGCUCUGCCCUGUGUCGCUCUACCCCAUGUCGUGAUGACCAGGCUGGCUUUGCCCUGUGUCGCGAUGACCAAGCUGGCUCUGCCUUGUGUCGCUCUGCCCCGUGUCGUGAUGACCGGGCUGGCUCUGCCCCGUGUCAUGAUGACCAGGUUGGCUCUACCCUAUGUCGCUCUACCCCGUGUCGUGAUGACCGGGCUGGCUCUACCCUAUGUCGCUCUACCCCGUGUCGUGAUGACCGGGCUGGCUCUACCCUAUGUCGCUCUACCCCGUGUCGUGAUGACCGGGCUGGCUCUACCCUAUGUCGCUCUACCCCGUGUCGUGAUGACCGGGCUGGCUCUACCCUGUGUUGCAAAACCCCGUGUCGUGAUGACCGGGCUGGCUCUACCCUGUGUUGCUCUACCCCGUGUCGUGAUGACCGGGCUGGCUCUACCCUGUGUUGCUCUACCCCGUGUCGUGAUGACCGGGCUGGCUCUACCCUGUGUUGCUCUACCCCGUGUCGUGAUGACCGGGCUGGCUCUACCCUGUGUUGCUCUACCCCGUGUCGUGAUGACCGGGCUGGCUCUACCCUGUCUUGCUCUACCCCGUGUCGUGAUGACCGGGCUGGCUCUACCCCGUGUCGUGAUGACCGGGUUGGCUCUGCCCUGUGUCACUCUGCCCCGUGUCUUGAUGAUCCAGUCGACUCUACCCCGUAACUGA